AUGUCUGACCGGGUCUACAAUAAACGAAUGGCCUACGAGCUAGCUUACAGGACCCUUGCGCAGAUUAUUACAGAGUCUUCCUUUCUUAUCUUGAUUGCAGUGAUAGGGUUCUUGGGUAAUUCGUGCGUGUUGUACGUGUUCUACAAGUCAUCUCGUCUUCGCAGUAUUACAAACUACUACCUGAUAGUCCUUGCUAUCUCUGAUAUUACAAUGACAACGGUAGUGAUGCCUACAACGAUAGCUGUAGCUAUGACGGGAAGAGAUGUUAUUGGUGUUACUGUCGGUCAAGUCAUCGGGAUCUUCACCUAUACUUUGGUGUUUGGUUCUCUACAGACCACUUCAUUGAUUGCUGUUAACAGAUUCUUCUGCAUUACUAAGCCAUCUGUCUACCGUAAAUACUUCAAGCCAAGACCUGCGAUCAUCAUGAUCAUCGGAGCAUGGCUCUUCGCGAUUUCCAACAUAGCACUAGUCUACGUUAGCGCCAUUCAAGAGAGAAUUUUUUGCCAUUUUUUUCCCUCGGAGACGAGCUCGAGUAGGAACAGAGCAACAGAGGAAAGUAAGAGCGAGAUGAAAAGACAGGAUGCGGUUGCCGACCUUGGCCGAGCACGUAAUAUCGUAGAAGAAAAAGAAACGGUUUAA